AUGCCAAUAGCUAAGUAUAUCAGUGAAGGGGGGUCAUCAAAUAGACCACCUUCCAUUAAGAUGAAACUAUUCCUUAAAUCACAAGAUACAGGAAUGUGGCGAAUCAUAAAAUAUGAAAACUUUAUUCAAAGAAUUGAUCAAAAUGAUUCAACAUGUGCUGAAAAGAAAGAAGUAGAGUGGACAAUAGAAUACAAAGCUAAGGUACUUUUAAAUUCUAAAGCUCAAUUGAUUUUGUCUUGUGCUUUGAGCAGGGAAGAAAGCGAAAGAGUUGAUGAAUACGAUACGACUAAAAAAGUAUGGGAUACACUACAAACCCAUCAUGAAGGAACAAGCCAUGUCAAAGAAACAAGAAUUGAUAUUGGCGUUCAAAAGUUUGAACUAUUUAAAAUAAAUGAAGGAGAAACCAUUGAUGAAAAGUAUUCAAAAUUCACAAUCAUAGUAAAUGAAAUGUGUUCUCUUGGAAAGGCAUACUCAGUAUAA